ACACUGAAUUCUCUCAGUCUUUCACAAUCAGAGAAGAUGGUAAAGCUGUGGAUCUGUCUCCUGGUGCAGUUAUCCACGCUGGAUACAAUAGGUGGAUAUUACUAUGAGCUGAGAUCGGAGUGCAUUCACAGCUCCAGAGAUUUAAGUGAUAUGGUUUUUUUGCAUAUUCGAAUUUUCAACAAGAUUAGGUACGUAUGGUUUAACAGUACAGUCGGCAAGUUUCAGGGCUACACUCAGUAUGGCAUUUAUAAUGCAGAGAGCUUUAACAAUGACACAGCCACCUUGGAAACAGUGCGAGCUGUUUUGAAUGACAUCUGUAAGUACAAUGUACGGAACUUCUACCCAACUACAGAUGAUCCGUCAGUUGAGCCGGAGGUUGAAGUGAAGUCAGUGAAGCAGUCAGAUGGAUCACAUCCUGCUAUGUUGAUGUGCAGCGCUUACAGCUUUUUUCCAAAGUUCAUUAAAGUGACCUGGCUAAGAAAUGGGAGAGAAGUUCAGGGAGGUGUGACGUCCACAGAGGAGAUGGCUGAUGGAGACUGGUACUAUCAGGUCCACUCAUAUCUGGAGUACAUGCCUGAAUCUGGAGAGGAGAUCUCCUGUGUGGUGGAACACGCCAGCUUCAAAAAGCCCAUGAGCUUCAAGUGGGACCCCUCUCCUCCUGCGUCUGAUAAGAGUAAGAUCGCUAUCGGAGCUUCAGGUCUGGUGUUGGGGAUCGUGCUCUCAGCUGCUGGGUUCAUCUACUACAAGAAGAAAUCAUCAGGACCUUACUGGGGUGAAGAUCUUCCAUCAAGAUCUUCCAAAAAUGUAUUAUUCAACCAUAAAGACAUCUAACUUAAGACAUGAACUAGUGAGAAACAGGUGCAAAUGAUGAUAGAUGAUCAGGCCGGUGAUUAAUAUACAGGUAGUCCCCGACUUACGGACAAGUUCUGUUCUGGGAGCAUGUUUGUAAGUUGGAUUUGUUCUUAAGUCCAACAAAGUGAGUCUUUGACAUGAAUAUACAAUGUAAAGCAUACCAAUCCACUUGAGUAAAUCUCUGUGCCCCUCCCCACACUGCCAUCUGGUGGCCAAAACCCAUAAAUGCGUCUAAAGACAUUAAUCUCCACGUGAAAUGUAACAGUGUUCCGCAUUUUUAAAUCGCAAGGAGAAUACCGGGCACCAGUCUUUCACUGCAUUGGAUUUUGAACUCUGUUAUGUUGAUAAUUUUCUGAAAUUUCGAUUAUUCAUCCUCAGGACACCUAUUUUCUAUCAUCAUGCUCCCAGACUUAUUUUUUUAAACUAGUGUCUUGUAGCCUUCACAUGCAUAUGAAUUUGAGUAACAUCCAAUCCUUAUGCUAAAGAAUUUUUAUAUGAUGUUAGCCCCACCCCCUUUUCAGCUGUAUAACAGCUUCAACUUUAAAAAAGUCUUUCCACAAGAUUCAUUUUAAAUUUGGGAAUUUUUGACCAUUCUUUCAGAAGCGCAUUUGUGAGGUUAAACAAUAAUGUUGGACGAGAAGGACUGGCCCGCAGUCUCCGAGCCCAACUCCUGAAAAACAACCACACACUAAUUCCAACAUGACUGCGCACCGGUGCACAAAGCAAGACCCAUAAAGACAUGGAUGAGCAAGUUGAGUGUGGAAGAACAUGACUGACUUGCACAGCGUCCUGACCUCAACUCGACAGAACACUAUUGAAAUGAAUAAGGGCAGAGACUGCAAAUGUUUGUACAGUAAGUCUGGGGACUACCUGUACUGCUGAUGCUGAUUCCUGAGUGAUUGGAACAGACAAGAGGGAAAAUGAGGUUCGGCACUUUGCAGCCUGUUGCAGUAAAAAAAAAAAGUCCCAUUUCUUUGAUUUAAUUUACAUCAUUUAAUUUUAUUUCAUAUGAAGAAAUAUAGAGAGGGGAUUAAGAUUUUUUUGCACAGUUUUGUAUUUUUAAUGCAAUUGCGGUUCUGUGUAAAUGUCCUUCUUUUUUAACCAGAAAAAAAUAAACAAGUUCAUUCAUAGUCAUCAAA